UCAAAGAACCACUUCACACCCUCCUCUGGCUCACUGGACGAGUUGUCAUGGCAACUGUGCAGCAUGUGCUUACAAAAACAAGAGCUUGACCGUUCACCGACAGUUCUCUCGACAUUCGACAUCUAAAACGCUACGACGCCAUUUUAUUCUUCCAGCAUUUAUCUAUCAGAGAAGAAGACCGACAAGACACUUGUUAAAACAGAGGUAGCUAAGCUAAGCCAAAGACAGUUAACGAUGAGCGGAACCAAAGCCCGCAGCGACACGCCUGUUGCUGAAAAUGUCUCCGGUGGCGGCCACAGCACUGCGGCUCCUCCGCGGGACCGCAAGCCUGGCGGAGGGGUUCUGAAGAGGCUCAAGUCCCGGAGGAGCCAGGUGGACAGUAGGCCCGUCACGGAGGAAGACCUGCGGACACAAAGUGGACACAUUACGCCGGAGGACGUGUUAGGACUUCGGGUGGCUACUCGAGGGUACCUCUGUAAACCUGAGGACAAUAUUUAUAACAUUGACUUCGUACGCUUUAAGAUCAGAGACCUGGAGACAGGCACUGUCCUGUUUGAGAUUGCCAAACCCCCACAUACAGACAAUGAGGAGAACAGAGAGGCAGACGCGUGCGCAGGGCGAUUUGUACGCUACCAGUUCACCCCAGCCUUCCUGCGCCUGAGGACCGUGGGAGCUACGGUGGAAUUCACAGUUGGAAACCGGCCUUUAAACAACUUCCGCAUGAUCGAGAGGCACUACUUCCGCGAUCACCUGCUGAAGAGCUUUGACUUUGACUUUGGCUUCUGUAUCCCAAACAGCCGUAACACCUGUGAGCACAUCUAUGAGUUCCCUCAGCUGUCUGAGAGCCUGGUCCGUCAGAUGGUGGAGUGUCCUUAUGAGACCCGGUCAGACAGCUUCUAUUUCGUCGAAAACAGACUGGUCAUGCACAACAAGGCAGACUAUGCUUAUAACGGAGGACAGUGAUAUUGGCCUGCUAGCAUUCAAAAAAUACACACACACACACACACACACGUACUGUCAUAUGUAUACACACAUUUAAAGACACACAUACAUGUUAUAUACACACAUGCAGCUAAAUGACAUGGUUGAAUUGCCUCUGAUGUUUUUUAAAGAUGAAUUGCCAUUCACUGGGAUCAUUUUCAGGACGCGUAUUUCAUAUUGCAGGAGGUCAGUAUCAGUCUCUGCUCUGACAUACAAACAGGAAGCUUCUGUUAGAAAAAAGUUCAAUACGCGUUAAUUUAUCUGUUUUUAAUUAUGAACAGUUCUGUUUCAAACCAAAAAAGGACUCAUCACUCUAGUGGCUAUGUAACGUCUUAAACACACCAAAUGGAUUUUAGAUAGACGGUUAGUCUCCUCUUAGCAAUUUUUGAAGUGUCCUACCACCCCCUCAACACACACACACACACACACACACACACACAUUCAAUCCCCAAGUGACACACAUAGUGUUUACGCAGUGUUUGUCAGAAGCAGCUGUUCUCAGAGCUACCGCCUCCACAAUCCACUCCAGACAAUAUCGGGGGAGAAAGCACAGAAGCAUCCACAAAAACACUCCUGUCAAACACACAUGGUCACUCCUGCGAUCCCCAUCUCCCUCCCCUCCUUCGCUUACACACACACACACACACACACACACACACACACACACACACACACACACACACACACACACACACACACACACACACACACACACACACACACACACACAGAGUCAUCAACAAUAGUACUGUAUAAGACUUUGAUCCAUUACUGUUUUGUUUUUCUCUUGUUGAUAGCAACAUAGAAAAAUAGAUUGGG